AUGCGUGCGGCUGAGCUCGCCAUUCCUAUAGUGAAUACCGCACCCGCCCCUGCCCUUAAGCCUGCCGCUGAGCCUAUCGUAGCUGCUAUUAUGGGAGCGCCUCUAUCGCUUACUCCUAAGUCUUCCAGCUCCUAUGUUAAGGAGAAGCUGAACAUCAACCGUGACCGUUUCCUAACCCCGUAG